AUGAAGAGUAAGAGGAAGAAGAAGAAGAAGAAGAAGAAGAAGGAGGAGGAGGAGGAGGAGGAGGAAGAAGAAGAAGAAGAAGAUGAGGACGAAGAAGGGAAGUAGGGGACGAAGAAGAAGAAGGAGGAGGAGGAAGAAGAUGAGGACGAAGAAGGGAAGUAGGGGAAGAAGAAGAAGACGAAGAUGCAACUGGAACGGUACAGAGCUGUGAAGAGGUCAAAUGCUUGCGUUCGCAGAAUUAAUGAAUCUAGAGGAAACAAAUUCGUUUGCUUUUUCUUCUAGCAGCGCUCACAACCUUCAGUCACAGAUCCCUGGGACUGCCUGCUUUCACGCGAAUAUUGCACAAGUAAUGUUCCAUAAUGACCUGUCUUGUCUAUUCGAUAUUCUCUCAGACGUGGACCAAGGUUGCGAAUUGGGCACUGUCCUGUCUGCAUGCGUUUUUCACUCGCAUUUCUGACUAUAUCUGUGAGACGGGGACCAAGGUUGCGAAUUGGGCACUGUCCUGUCUGCAUGCGUUUUUCACUCGCAUUUCUGACUAUAUCUGUGCUUUGGAAGUCAAUAUUUAAUCUGUGGGCGAAGGUUGACUGGUUGGUGCUGUAGUAAGUAUAUCGCCACAGGGGAAUAUAUGUGUGAUUAUCUACAGAACGCCGUAUCCCUGAUGUGUUAUGUCCCUAAAAUAUUUUGGUUUUUUUCCCAAACGGUGAGAGGGUCCAAUUGUCAAUUAGGCAGAUUUGACCGAAUCCAACCCUGGCUGUCAAGUGAGCUUUGGCCUCAGUGUUUGUCUGGGUUUACAUAUGAUCUCCACCAACUUAAAUUAUGAGUAGACACGGAACGGAAUCCUACAGCCUAUAAUCCGAAUGCCGCGCGCACGGUUUUCUCGUCGACAGAGCACACGUCAAUCGAUUUGGCACGUAAUGUGCGACUUCCAGUCACCUUCGCCUUGACCAAUGACAACUCGCGGCUCCCCCUUUCCUGUGCCAACUAUCACCCAAUAAAAUCCUCUGUAUGUCACAAUCGGCCAAUCAGAGCCGGUGUGUGCGUGCGUGUGCAACGUAUGGGGCCACCGUAAAAGGCGGCGCUCGUAGCACUCACGGCAUUCCGUCUGUCUCUCGCUCUCCUGCUCUGGUUAUUACUCCAAAUGGCGCUCCAGGAAGCAGAACUUUUCGAAGACCAAUAUCCCCUGAUUCGAAGCUGUCCUGCCUUAAACGAACUUCGUCUUGCCCAAGACAUUAAAGACUUGACCAUAGAGGUAACUUCCCUUAGUCACGGCAGACAUUUGUGCGUGUUAGGUCAAGAACGGCGAUGUCCUUCACGUCCAUCGAAUAGUGCUGGCAGCUCGCAUUCCUUCUUUAAGAGCGUCUCUCAGUGGCCCCAUCGGGGAGGAGAAUUCGGUCUUAAGGUGGCCGACAGCGCCGCUCAGGUUGGUUCUUUAGGUUUUGCUUACAACUUUCAUAGUCUCGCAAAUGCGCUCGUCCAGUAUGUGUACACUGGCCGGGUGGAGAUGACACGGAACAACGUGAUGGGCCUGAUUGCGCUUGCAAGAAUGUUGGAACUCCCCGUCCUGAUGAAUUGGGGAGCGACAUUCUUGACCAAGAGGUACGCAAUUUCCCGACCAUUUCUCUAACUGCCUACUCCAAAGAGUCAAUUUAGAGAAUUUGCCAGCCACUUGGGACUUUGCCAAGUCUUUGAAUCUCGAAUUACUGACAGAUACAUGCAUCGGUCUGAUGGAAGAGCACUUUAAAGACUUUGUGUCAACUGAACUCUUUGUUCGUUUGCCUGCCGAAACCGUCCUCAGCCUGCUUCGAAGCGAUUACCUGUCCGUGGGAUCUGAGGAGGAGGUUGUUGAGGCCAUUGCUCGCUGGGCGGGCGCUGAUGCCGGUGGCAAGGCCGACGAUGAGAGGCUGAGAGUACACGCGCCGGCGAUGUUGAAAGAAGUUCAGUGGCACCUAACCGACGUGGAAUGCCGCGAUCGCCUGAUGAAAGAUUACCCAACAUUUGGGAUAGGUCCCGAAUGUCUGUAAGUUUAUGCUAUUUCAACCCUGUUAUUUUUUCUUAAUAAAAGUCAGCUUAUGCUUCAGACUGAACGGUGGAUUGGAGCUGCCGACAAGGAAAAGCUGGCCCUCCCCUUCAACUUAAGGUCUCGUCUGCGCCCGACGAUCUUCCUCUUCGAAAAGGAUAAAGAUGGUCAGGACAGGUGCUCUGUCCUUCGCACCGACCAGCACCUGCAGGCAGAACGCGUUGCUGACAUGAAGACUCGCCGCUGGCACGCCUCCUACAGCGUCGUGGGCGGUGAGUUGCCGAAGAGUUCUGCGUCUUCUCUUCUGCGCAUUUUGUCUGCUUUGGACUUUUUUGCUUGUUGAAGUCAAGCGCCUCUGUGUGCGACAGCAUUUGGUGUUUUGUAGGAAGAAUGUUAAGCAAAUAAAUCAGACUCUUGGGGAUUUUUUUGUAAGUGACGGACGUUUGUGUAUUUGUUUUUCCGAAAGAGACCAUUUUCGUUGUUGGAGGACAAGGGGAUUGCCGAGGGAUAGUUGAUGUUGACGAGUUUCUGGUGAGAGAAGGGCGCUGGCGCAAACGGGCGUCCCUCGCUGUUCGACGCCAGGAGCAUGCCGCUGCCGUCGUGAAGGUUCACGCCGCGGCCGCCGUCGACGGAGGGCAGACGCUGAUUGGCGUUUUUGGUGGCUGCUUCAAGGAAGGUGGCAACUGGACACGCCUCGCCUCCUGUGAAGUCUUCGACGUCAGUCAGGACAGGUGAGAAGGCGCUGGUUGUGACGCAUAAUUCUUGCAAACAAAAAUAUUUCUAUCCUUCUACUCACUUCCCACCCCGCUUGUCCUGAACAGAUGGCAUAAAUUGCCCGACCUGCCGGAGAAGAGGUCCGGUCCAGCUGCUGCCUGCCUGCCCGGCGACAGUCGGAUUUUUGUUUUUGGCGGUUACGAUGGCUCAUCCCAUCUUGCAUCCGUGGUCUUCUGUCAUCUUCGAGCAGACUGGCGGCAGGAGGCGACUUCAGCGCGCACCGCCGACUUUUGGCAGCCAGCUGCCGCCAUGAGAACUGCGCGACUGGGGCUCGCAGCGACGCCCUUUCGGGGAGCAAUUCUGGUCGCCGGUGGACGGAAGAGUGGAAAGACUCUCAACGUGGUGGAGAUGUUCUCACUGCCAGACGCCGGUAACCCCCUCGGCCAGUGGACAGAGCUGGCCGACAUGAAGCAGCCUCGCCGGUACUUCACUCUCCUCACCUCCGCCAAUGCCGUCUUUGCCCUCGGUAAGCCAACACUCAAUAAAAUGAAUUCUUUCUUUCCUUGCCUCUCUCUCUCUCUCAUGCCAUUCGUUUGCCUCAUCCGCGUAGCCAAUUUUACAAGAUACAAGAGCGUUAAGUCACCUGACAUGCCGUUGGAGGAUUUUCAUGCGCAGUGCACCAUUACAGCCAGAAGUGGUCGCCUCGCUGUGCAUACUGCCUAA